CAUCACUACCACUAAGUAAUUUGCAUUCUGUGGACCAGCCCCUAAAUUCCUUCGGGCUCCUACGGCCCUUUGGGCAUUGCAUUUCUGGAGGCUUUUAGAUAGAGUUCACACUUGGCUGUCUGGUUUCACCAGGAACUCUACCCAAAAGAGGAACCGGCAAGAAGAACAUCUGCUUUGUUUGCAAGAAAGUGGUAGAGCUACAAGCAAAUCUUCAGGCAUCUGAGGAAUUGGGAAGCUUCUAGAUUUCAUAUGGUUGCUGACAGGGAGGAGCAGACAAGACCCUGCUUGCUUUCCUCGCCAUGGAUAAUCUGUUGCCUCAGUCUAGAUUCUCUUAUUUCAAAAAAUAUCCUCUUCAUGCAAUUAGAAAAUAUGUAUCGAUGCUGAGAAACCAAAGAGAGGAAGAACAGGUUGCACGUUUUCAAAAAAUUCCUAAUGGUGAAAGUGAGACAAUGAUUCCUGUAUUGACAUCAAAAAAAGCAAGUGAAUUACCAGUGAGUGAAGUUGCAGGCAUUCUCCAAGCUGACCUUCAGAAUGGUCUAAACAAAUGUGAAGUAAGUCAUAGGCGAGCCUUCCAUGGCUGGAAUGAGUUUGAUAUCAGUGAAGAUGAGCCACUAUGGAAGAAGUAUAUUUCUCAGUUUAAAAAUCCCCUUAUUAUGCUGCUUCUGGCUUCUGCUGUCAUCAGUGUUUUAAUGCAUCAGUUUGAUGAUGCCGUCAGUAUCACUGUGGCAAUACUUAUUGUCGUCACAGUUGCCUUUGUUCAGGAAUAUCGUUCAGAAAAAUCUCUAGAAGAACUGAAUAAACUUAUGCCUCCAGAAUGCCAUUGUGUGCGUGAAGGAAAAUUGGAACAUACACUUGCACGAGACUUGGUUCCAGGUGAUACAGUUUGCCUUUCUGUUGGGGACAGAGUUCCUGCUGACUUACGCUUGUUUGAGGCUGUGGAUCUUUCCAUUGAUGAGUCCAGCUUGACAGGAGAGACAACACCUUGUUCUAAGGUGACAGCUCCGCAGCCGGCUGCAACUAAUGGAGAUCUUGCAUCAAGAAGUAACAUUGCCUUCAUGGGAACACUGGUCAGAUGUGGCAAAGCAAAGGGUAUUGUCAUUGGAACAGGAGAAAAUUCUGAAUUUGGAGAGGUUUUUAAAAUGAUGCAAGCAGAAGAAGCACCGAAAACCCCUUUGCAGAAGAGCAUGGACCUCUUAGGAAAGCAACUUUCCUUUUAUUCCUUUGGUAUAAUAGGUAUCAUCAUGUUGGUUGGCUGGUUACUAGGAAAAGAUAUCCUGGAAAUGUUUACUAUUAGUGUAAGUCUGGCUGUAGCAGCAAUUCCUGAAGGUCUUCCCAUUGUGGUCACAGUGACUCUAGCCCUUGGUGUUAUGAGAAUGGUGAAGAAAAGGGCCAUUGUGAAAAAACUGCCUAUUGUUGAAACUCUGGGCUGCUGUAAUGUGAUUUGUUCAGAUAAAACUGGAACAUUGACGAAGAAUGAAAUGACUGUUACUCACAUAUUUAGUUCAGAUGGUCUGCAUGCUGAGGUUACUGGAGUUGGCUACAAUCCAUUUGGGGAAGUAAUUGUUGAUGGUGAUAUUGUUCAUGGAUUCUAUAACCCAGCUGUUAGCAGGAUUGUUGAGGCGGGCUGUGUAUGCAAUGAUGCUGUAAUUAGAAACAAUACUCUAAUGGGGAAGCCAACAGAGGGAGCCUUAAUUGCUCUUGCAAUGAAGAUGGGUCUUGAUGGACUUCAACAGGACUAUAUUCGAAAAGCUGAAUAUCCUUUUAGCUCUGAGCAAAAGUGGAUGGCUGUUAAGUGUGUUCACCGAACACAGCAGGACAGACCAGAGAUUUGUUUUAUGAAGGGUGCUUAUGAACAGGUGAUUAAGUAUUGUACUACAUACCACAGCAAAGGGCAGACCUUGGCACUCACCCAGCAGCAGAGAGAUCUGUACCAACAAGAGAAGGCGCGGAUGGGCUCAGCAGGGCUCAGAGUUCUUGCUUUGGCGUCUGGUCCUGAACUGGGACAGCUGACAUUUCUUGGCUUGGUGGGAAUCAUUGAUCCUCCUAGAACUGGUGUGAAAGAAGCUGUUACAACACUCAUUGCCUCCGGAGUAUCGAUAAAAAUGAUUACUGGAGACUCACAGGAGACUGCAGUUGCAAUCGCUAGUCGUCUGGGAUUAUAUUCCAAAACUUCCCAGUCAGUCUCAGGAGAAGAAAUAGAUGCAAUGGAUGUCCAGCAGCUUUCACAAAUACUACCAAAGGUUGCGGUAUUUUACAGAGCUAGCCCAAGGCACAAGAUGAAAAUUAUUAAGUCUCUACAGAAGAGUGGGUCGGUUGUAGCCAUGACAGGAGAUGGAGUAAAUGAUGCAGUUGCUCUGAAGGCUGCAGACAUUGGUGUCGCAAUGGGUCAGACUGGCACAGAUGUUUGCAAAGAGGCAGCGGACAUGAUCCUGGUGGAUGACGAUUUCCAAACCAUAAUGUCUGCAAUUGAAGAGGGUAAAGGGAUUUAUAAUAACAUUAAAAAUUUUGUUAGAUUCCAGCUGAGCACGAGUAUAGCAGCAUUAACUUUAAUCUCAUUGGCUACAUUAAUGAACUUUCCUAAUCCUCUCAAUGCCAUGCAGAUUUUGUGGAUCAAUAUUAUCAUGGAUGGACCGCCAGCUCAGAGCCUUGGAGUAGAACCAGUGGAUAAAGAUGUCAUUCGUAAACCUCCACGCAACUGGAAGGACAGCAUUUUGACCAAAAACCUGAUACUUAAAAUACUUGUUUCAUCAAUAAUCAUUGUUUGUGGGACUCUGUUUGUCUUCUGGCGGGAGCUACGAGACAAUGUGAUAACACCUCGAGACACAACAAUGACCUUCACAUGCUUUGUGUUUUUUGACAUGUUCAAUGCACUAAGUUCCAGAUCCCAGACCAAGUCUGUGUUUGAGAUUGGACUCUGCAGUAAUAAAAUGUUUUGCUACGCAGUUCUUGGAUCCAUCAUGGGACAGUUAUUAGUUAUUUACUUUCCUCCACUUCAGAAAGUUUUUCAGACUGAGAGCCUAAGUAUACUGGAUCUGCUAUUUCUUUUGGGUCUCACCUCGUCAGUGUGCAUAGUGGCAGAAAUUAUAAAGAAGGUUGAAAGAAGCAGGGAAAAGAUUCAGAAGCAUGUUAAUUCAACAUCGUCGUCUUUUCUUGAAGUAUGAUGCAUAUUGCAUUCUUUUAUUUGCAAACUAGGAAUUGCAUUCUGAAGAUCAUUUAGAAGGGCAAGUUCAAGAGGAUAAUGAAGAUUUAAGAACUUUUUAACUUUUCAUUGACUAAAAAUGAUCAUUAAUGUUAAAGACUUGAUUUGAGACUUUAACCUGCUGGCAGUCCCAAAUGAAAUUAUGCAACUUUGAUAACAUAUUCCUUGAUUUAAGUUGGCUCUUGCAAUUAAGUGGAACUUUAUAAAGCAUAUGGGCAUUUAUUUAAUUAAAAAAAAAGGCAAAACCUGAACCACUUAAAGAGGUCUAACAAUACAAAUACACUAUCUAUCUUAGAUAGAUAUAAAUAUUUUUUUUUAAUUUUUAAAUAUUAUACUAUUUAUGGUGGUGGGGCUUUCUUACUAAUACACAAAUAAAUUUAAUCAUUUCAAAGGCAUUCUGUUCAGUUUAGAAGUUGAUUCCCAGGAGUGCCAUAUUUCAGCUACUGUGUUUCCUUUUUCCUGCAAUGUAAGCAGCUCACAUACCUUGUGUUACCAUUUUUGUAUCUCAAGUUUUUUGCACAAGAUGUGACCACUGCCAGAUCACUGUUCUUUUCUUUUUGUGACUGAAAAGCCUAUACUGCAAUUUUAAGUAAAUGUUUGCUUUUCUUGGUAAGUAUAAACGGUUCUUUUAUUUUUUUUUGCCCCAGCUGUGAGUCUUUGGUUUAGCAAAAUUAACACAGGGCUAUCAAGUGGCAUUCUAGUUUGAGUAGCCAUGUCUUUAAGUAACACUUAGUCAUAGAGUCAAAAAUAUUUAAGACUCAUUGGGCUGAAAUUUGUAACAAAUUAUAUUAAAAUGUUAUGCCUCCUUUUAGAGUUAAAUAUAAACCAUACUUUGUCAAAUAUCAUUUUGUCAUUCCCUAAAUAUAAAUCCAAGUACCUCACCUGAAUAACUGAAUUUUAUUAUUUUUAAUAUCUUUUUAUAUGUAUUUUUAAGCAUCUUUCUUAGGAAAUAUAGAGUGCUGUACUUAAAGAAUAAGAAAAGCCCCAAGGCCCAAACAGGUGGUUUCAGAACCAGGGUAUAUAUAGAAGAUUCUGUGCUGGCCGCACUCUUCAUGUCUUGUCCUCUGGCCUGUACUGCAACACAGCCCUGAGCCUUUCGCUGCUCCUACUGCACCAUUCGUUCCCUACCUUCUUUCUGUUUCAUUGGGCAUGCUAGAGAAAUAGACGGAUUCGCUCUUGUAAUGCCAUCAGUUUUUAUAAUAGCUUGAUAGGGUGUAGGUAAUUUGUUUUGAGUGUGUGGCAAAUUUGGGCCAGAAAUUCAAAAUCAGAAAUCCAUUUUCCUGUUGACUAUUUCUUUCUGAAACAGAAAUGGGUCUCAAAUUCUUACAUGUGUAAUUCUUCCUGAAAUGAGUGAGUUUUGUAUUUUAUAAUUAUUCUCCAUUUUUUAAACUGUCAGGAUAAACCACUGUCUAGUUAUUAUCACCAAUAUUAAACUGCCAGUAUUAUCACUGAAAUAUUGUUGUCAGUGAUAGGGAAAAUAUAUAUACUGUGAGUCUUCGUUAGUGAAACAAUUGAGUAUAAGGAGCUGAAAUGUCUGCAGUUUAUUCUACUUUACCCUUUAAGACUCAGUAGUCAGAUCUCAUUAGAUGGAACAUGGAAGCCAUUGUCUAAUCAGCUUUCUCUUUAGUGACAUGAUGUCUCAUUCCUAAAUUUUGUAAUGAUUUCCCUUCUCUGUUACAAAGACUUGAAAUACAUAUUUAAGUGCACGUUAGUCUUUUGUUUUGGCAUUUUAGGUUUAGAGAGUAUGACUCAUAUGAAAUAAAUGUGCCUGUUCUUUCGUUUGGUUUUUGAACCAAAAAAAAAAAAGAUUUCUUUUUAUACAUUAAUGACCUUCCAGUUGGGAUUGUUAACAUUAAAACCAUAUGGAU